AUGCCAAUUCUUACCCCCGUCGUCAAAUUAUGGCUUCGCCGCAAGAACCCUCGAGCUCUGAUCAAAGCGAGUCUCGGCGAAGACCCCGCCAACCAACGUAUCCUCGUACCUGGCUUCCGGGUCUGGCCUAGUGAUGUCGACUACAACCUCCACAAAUCGAACAGUACCUAUGCCGCUGACAUGGACGUCGCUCGGUCAAACGCGGCCAUCGAUCUUUUCGGGCCGUUCUUGGCCUGCGGUGGGAUGUUGCCCAUAGCCGGUACGACCCAUCGAUUCAUGCACGAGCUGCCCCCGCUUGCCAAGUACGAUAUCGAAAUCUCAUUCGGACUGUUCAUCACUCAUCCUCGCACGGACAAGAAGAAGAAGAGCCUCGCUCAGACCGCAUCAUCGACCCAGCCGAGCGUCUCCGGGGACCUCUCGCCGACUAUCAAGAAGCUCACUUCCAACAGACCGGACGGGGCAAUCGUACACGCUGUAUCCGUCUCGACCUUUUGUUUCAAGAUCGGGCGUCUCACCAUCCCACCAUCAGUCGUCCUCUCGCUCGGCGGCCACGGCACACCCGCCAACAACGCUCGAUUCGCAGCGAUCCACGCUGGAGGUCCUCGUGCGGUUGUCAAAUACCUCAAGGGUGGUUGGAAGGAGGACGACGAGGCCGUCAAGGUGGUCGAAAGUUAUCAGCAGCAGGGCAAGGCGCUUGGUGACCGUGGGGACGUGAUCAGGACGGCUCUCGAGGACUUUAGAAGUUGA